GUUUUGUGCAUGCUAUGUUUCAGGUGUACUUGUAGUCAGCGACGAAGACGAUUCAAGAAGAGGAACAUUGCUGAGAAAGUGAAUGGGACUUGCAAACAGGAUUCGAGUCACUGGUUUACACAUGGAAGAAGAUUUCCACGUCUGUUACUCAACUCUACAGAAGCAAGUGGAUGUCCAGAUGGCAAGCAGAACAGACGUGUUUCUUGGAGCUGCCAAACAGUGUACUUGUAGUCAGCGACGAAGACGAUUCAAGAAGAGGAACAUUGCUGAGAAAGUGAAUGGGACUUGCAAACAGGAUUCAAGUUCCUGGUGUAGACAGAGAAAUGUGUUUGAAGAAGGAAUUCUACUACUGUGAUUCAACUCUACAGAAGCAAGAUUGGAAUGGUGGGUCGUUACAGAGCAGACUUUUGGACAACUGAGAAGUUGAGAAACAGAGAAUGAUUCAAGAUCAGCUAG